ACCGACGACACACCGCUCGCGUUCAAGUUUGGUCUGUCGCCAGAAUUCCAGCUGGAUGCAUCAAUUGAGAUGUCAGAGAGACUAUGGCGUCAAGCAGUUGUCAGCUCGAGACUCAGGAUAGAGCUAAGGCUGUUAAGAUCGACAGGCGCAACGAGAUCACAUCCUCGUCUUCCUCAGCGUGAUGCUCAGUCUCUAGAACGACAUGAAGAUCAACGAUGGUAUUCAUCUUCAUCUCCAUCCGUUGCAUCUCCGGAGAAUACCUCUUCAAUACCGCAGGAUAUGACGCGGCCUUUGAAACGUAAUCCAUAUCGACUUGUCCCUCUCAAAACGUUCCUGGUCUCAUUCGCACCUCUCCACGUCUCAGGUUGGCGGCUGGUCAAUCUGUCCUCGAGCACGAGCACAAGCACGAGCACCAGCACGAACACUAUCUCGCAGCAGAGCAGUCCAAAUGAUCAUUCGGGGAUCGUCGAAAAGGGAGUAGGAACAUUGGAGGGCAAGAAGUUGGUCAGGAUAUUUGGUCUAGGUCGUGAGACGUAUGGCAAAGCAGUGGACAUAUCAGCCAAUGUUAUCCAAGCAGCCAUAGCUGAGCAACAUCAUCCGUCGAUGACACUUUGUCCACUGAUUGACUACGCCAACACGUACGCUGUCGAUCUGCCUAGUGACACUGAACAUGUACUGGAAAUCACGACGUAUACCCACACGCCUCUGCCCGAGAGCAGGGCGGACGAUAACGCAACCGGAGGACGGCGGAAGCCUCAACCGGGCGUUACGGGAAAGGAUCUCAGACUCGCAGAAGAGAUCGAGAGACUGGUCCCCGGUCUCGGGUUGUAGCGAGUCUAGAGCUCUGUCGAGUCCGAUAGGCAAAACAGACCUCAAAUCGCACCGGGCCGGCAGGCGGGCAUGAUAUCGUCCAGCGUCACUCUACGCAGAGGCAAUCAGACGUCACAAAGGCGUCCCUGGUCACUAGCCUGCCUCUGCGGCGUGGUCGAUCCCCGUACGUGGCGCAGAGAACCUCACAG